AAGCCGGCGGGCUGGACGGGAGCCGGAGCUGCGAGGAGGAGGAGGAGGAGGCGGCGGCCGUCGGUCGUACCGUUGCGCGGCGGGGGAGCCGCUGAGGGCGCAGCCGGGGGCCCACUUGUUCGUCCGCUCCACCGACGACGUCCUGAGAAGUAGCCCCGGAGCCCACGGCAACCAUGAGUGAUCGAAAGGCUGUGAUCAAAAAUGCGGACAUGUCUGAGGAGAUGCAGCAGGACUCUGUGGAGUGUGCUACACAAGCCUUGGAAAAAUACAACAUUGAGAAGGAUAUUGCAGCCCACAUAAAGAAGGAGUUUGACAAGAAAUACAACCCCACUUGGCACUGCAUUGUGGGAAGAAAUUUUGGCAGCUAUGUGACUCACGAGACCAAGCACUUCAUCUACUUCUACCUGGGCCAAGUUGCUAUUCUCCUCUUCAAGUCUGGUUAGAAUAUGAGACGGUUUCACCCAAACAUGCAUCUGGUUACAGGACUGCAAGCUAAUUCCAAAUAGACUGAAGUCCUCAGCCUUCCCCAGGGAACAUACCUUUGUCUUCAAGCCUUUUUGUUUUAACCGACAGGUACUUCUCUGUACCAGUUUGU